GGGCAUGCUCGACGUCAUCUUUUCCCGGCGUGGGAAUUACAGAAGUUUCUAAAGUCUGAUUUACUGUACAGAAGACCCUGAGAGGCGGGUUUCAUGAAUUCAUAUGAUGAAAGGUAAGAAUGAGAUUUCACAAAUGAAGACAUGAAGCCAUUAUGAAGACCGGUGGCGACCUCGUCGAAAGAGAUGAAAACAAUAACGUGACCUUUCGGAGAAGAAUCGGGAAGGAAAUAGAAGCCAAGGAUGGCAUCCCAACAAAGGAUAGAAAGAUGAUAGGGAAGUUACUUGUAUCUCCUCGACUCGUGACCUGUACUUUUUGAGAUUUCAAGCAUUCCAACGCCUUUGAAGGAGAGACGGUAGGUGCCAUUCCUCCCUUUUAAUGCUUCUUUCCUCUCUCUUUCUCUUUCCUUCCCUUCUUCGGGGCUGGAUCCCCGUAGUUCGACUCUGACGGCGACAGUGACGAGGAAGUCUUGGAACGCAUCCUGGAGGCGGCACCAUUGCCGAAAAACCACAGCAAAGCGCUCUUCAGCAUCCCGGAGGUCACCGAGGAAGAAGAAGAGGAGGAAGACUGGGCACGCAGAGAGCCAUCUCCUGUCAAGAAAGCAAACAAUCAGACGGAGACACGGAUAAAGUCUCGGCCGAAGAAGUGCAGUGGUCUUUCCGGAUACGGGCAAACAUUCGGAAUGAGGAAGGAUGAGCUAAGCUGGGAGUGCCGAGAAGAACACACCGGGUUCGGCAAUGACAAAUCGCGAAGCAAACGGGAGUGGAAAGCCAGCCCGGAUCGAAGCCGUGGCACGAUUGGAGGAGGCCUUUAUCGGGCCCACAGUUUGAAGGAGAACCUGGAUGUGAUCACCAACCUCGAGCCAGAGUCCGAAAUGUGUGGCUGGAAAUCUGUCCGCCGACGUCGCAUGAUGCCCCAAGAACCCGUCCGGAGGCUCUGUUUGAGUCCGGAAAGUCUGGAGAUUGACGUGGAAUACGACUCCGAGGAGGACCCUACCAUUAUGUCCACUCUGGUGACCAACUUGAGCUCGGCCGACGGAUCGCCCACUGACUGCGAGGAGGAAUGGAGUGACUCCUCGGAAUCUGUCCCGUCCAGCGCUCCAAAGGAAUUGAAGCGCUGCAGCAGUUGGGACGCCGACGAGCGGACUGAGGCACGGAAGGGGUCUCCGGGACACUCUCCCCGGUGGAGGAAGCAGACAACCGGAGCGGCCGUAGAGGAGCGCAGCCGUAGCCUAGAGAGGAGCCCCUCGCUCUGGAGAGCCCUGACUGAACACAAAGACCCUCCUCCAAAUUGGGAGGUCAGGGACGUCGAAACGGAGCAGUUGAAUUCCAAAUCUUGGCGGGCUCCAACCAGAAGAGGUAGAAGAUCUCGGAGGAAAAGCCGAGAAGAAUUGGCUCCUUCUGGUUCUUGGAGGAGCUCCUCUCCUGAAACGAUGGACGAGGAAGACUCCCUGAGGCUAUUCGUGGCUCUCUUUGACUACGACCCUGUCUCAAUGUCUCCGAAUUCUGAUGCUGCAGAAGAGGAGCUCCCAUUUCAGGAAGGCCAGAUCUUGAAGGUCUAUGGCCACAAGGAUGCAGAUGGCUUCUACAGAGGGGAGUGUGCAGGCCGAAUUGGGUAUAUCCCAUGCAACAUGGUUUCUGAGGUCCAAGUCGACAGCCAGAGUGCCAGGACGCAGCUCUUACAAGAUGGCCGUAUCUCCACUGACAUGCUGGUGGAACACCUAGACAAUGGUGCAUUUUCUCCACCACGACGGCCACCAAGGGCUCACCCUCCAAAGCCACGGAGAUCUAAGAAAGCAGAACGGAAGAAGCAAGGAACCGAAGGUCCUGGUCUUGGGGUCCAUGAAAUCCAGGAUCUGAGUUCGGAGGAGGACGUCCCAAGGAUGAUGGUAGCCAUCUUUGACUACAAUCCCCAGGAAAAUUCUCCCAACCCGGAUACCGAGGCCGAGCUGAGGUUCAGCGCGGGCGACGUUGUGACCGUCUUGAGCUCGAUGGAUGACGACGGCUUCUAUUACGCCGAGAUCAAUGGUCAGAAGGGACUGGUGCCCUCCAACUUCCUGGAGGCCGUGGGGUCGGACGGAGUGUGCCCGGGUGGAGUGACCCUUGGACGGCAGGGAAAGCAGCUUUCCUGAGAGGUCCUCCAUUCCGGCAGCUGGAAAGUGUGGUGCCUCGAAGGAGUGGUGACCUCGAAGGAGCCCCUUGCGGCUCUUUGGAGGUGGACACACCGCUCCGAACCCCAAGAGUGGACCCCGAAGGUGAUGGGACGGGACCCCUCUCCUCUCCAAAGGGUCCCAGAACUGGAAGGAGCCCCCCAAGGCCCAUUGGAAGCCAUUGCAAGGAAGUCCAUGUCGCCAAUGCGGGCCUUCGUCUUCUGGCCCCCCUUGAGGCUGGGGAUGGGAGAAUGGCUCCCCGCCUUGGGAUCCCUUCCGAACUAAAGACAGAACUUAUCCUAAACUUGGAAAAUAUAGUUUCCACCCAAUGAGAAACUGUGCCAAACGCAUGGGGCGGCCCCAAUGGUUCCCACACCGAUCCCUUCUGCAUGAUGCGUUUUGGGUGUUAGUCUGAACUUUGAAGGAGUGGCACCCAUUCAGACCUUAAAUUCGGACUAAAGCCUGGCGUGGCUUCAGCGAUUGACACACAAGCCACACUGGGACACAUAAGAGUAAUUCAAACUUUCUUAAAUUUUGGACUACAACCCGAAGUGAAUCCAAUAACUGACCUAGAUGCCUUGCUAGGCAGCAUAUAAAGGGGAUUUUAGCUUUUAAAAAGUUCGGACUAAAACCCAGAACAGAUUCCAUGGAAACUAAUAUUUAAAGUUCGGACUAAAACCCAGGAUGGAUACCAUGGAAACUAAUAUUUAAAGUUCAGACUGAAACCCAGAACAGAUUCUAUGGAAACUAAUAUUUAAAGUUCGGACUAAAACCCAGGAUAGAUACCAUGGAAACUAAUAUUCAAAGUUCGGACUAAAACCCAGAUUUGAUUCCAUGGACACCAAUAUUUAAAGUUUGGACUAAAAUCCAGAGCAGAUCGCAUGGAAACCAAUAUUCAAAGUUCAGAUUAAAAGCCAGAAUGGAUUCCAUGGAAAUUAAUACUUAGUGUUUGGACCAAAACCCAAAAUGAAUUCCAUGGAAACCACUAUUUAAAGUUCAGACUAAAACCCAGAACAGAUUCCAUGGAAACUAUUAUUUAAAGUUCAAACUAAAAGCCAGAAUGGAUUAAAUGAAAACUAAUAUUUAAAAUUUGGACUAAAAUCCAGAACGGAUUCCAUGGAAACCAAUAUUUAAAGUUCGGACUAAAACCGAGAACAGAUUCAAUGGAAACCAAUAUUCAAAGUUCAGACUAAAAUCUGGAGUGGAUUCGGUGAUGCUCUGUACCCAGAAGCCAUGUAGGGUCGCAUCAUAGCCUCGUUAAAGUUCGGACUAAAAUCCUAGAGUGGAUUCACUGAACAGGGCCUCAUCGAGGAGGUCUUCGCUCCGUUCAAGUUCGGACUGAAACCCGGAGCGGAAUCAGCGUCCCACUGAACAUGGAAAGCCACUCUGGACCUUGGAGUAGUUAAAAGUUCGGACUAAAAGCCCAGAACGGAUUCAGUAGAAACCACGCUGGGUCCUCAGAGAGGGAAUCGCAGUCUCGUUCCAGUUCGGACUCAAACCCGGAGCGGAUCCGGGCCUCCAGCCUGCCUUAUGUGAGAUUCCAAGCUGCCAAGCACUUAAAAUAUGGGGACAAAAAUGUGUUUGCCAUUUCCUUUUUUCUACGAGAGGACUACGUCUCCCGGCGGAUCCCUUUGCAUGUUUGUCGGGGACAGAGAUAUCCAUUCCCAUUGCUCCCAGGGCAUUUGUAUGGAAGCCAAACCAGGAAAAAAAACCCCAAUUUAUUUAUUACAUUAAAGUCUAUUUUCGCAA